CUACGACAGUAAUAGCUUUGGAACGACACCACACUGUCAAAAUCCGCGCCCUCGAGAAUUAAGUGCACAGUGUACAUUUAAGUGUAAAUACGGAAGUGCGCGAAUUGUAAAGCACCCUUGAAAGAGUCAUGGGCCAAGAGAGGACAACACCCAACAUCGACGACAAAAAAAGCUACUAAACCGAAACAGUGGAGCAUUAAAAUGCACAUUUAAAGGUUUCUUUGGGUGCUCCAUCUUCGGGAGCAUGUCGUCAUGACUGCACUGCAAAACGUUUUCUUCCUCGCACGAUGACCAGCGUCAGCAAAAGAGAGAGGGAGCAGAGGAGGAAGCUGCAGUACUUUUUGUCUGACCUGGCUUUACUGGGCUCAUUGCAGGGUUUUAAGUACUUCCAGCCUUGGCUGAGAGGGAAAGAAGAGCUGCUGCUGACUGUUGUCAACGAAGAUUUGGGCUGGCAUUCCCCGGGCUUCGCCGUGUCCAGAGCGUCCUCCAGCAGUGGCUCCAGCAGCAGCGACGCGUCAGCCAGCAGCAGCUCCCUCAGCCUGGCGAGUGGGGCCUCGUCCCCGCAGCCUGGAGGGCCUGAGGGUCCACCAUCUCCGACGCACGAGACGCACAAACACGUUGACAGCAGUGAGGAGCAUCUCCUGCCAGCCUCCCCCAGUGAUGGAGAGAUCGCAGAGCCUGAGGUGAACUGCACCCUCUUCCUGCUGGCGGGCUACGUGAAAUACGGGCGUCCUUACGCUUGGAUACGCUCCAACCACGAGCGCCUGGUCAGCAUCGGAGGCAGCGACUCCAUGUUGAGGGACACGCCCAUGAAGCUCAAGUCCAUCACAGACUGGCAGGGCGGAGGUGUUCGUGUGUGGGACGUAGUUAGCGAGCUGGUGUGUCUCUGCACCGUCCCCUUCCCGUCCAACCCCUUCGCCUUGGACCUGCGCUACAUCCAAAGUCUCCCUGCGCCUGAGCGCUUCCUCGUUACGGGGGCGCUCCUCAACUUCCUGGAGAUGUACGUGGUCUACGGGAACCGUAACGAGUUGCACUAUGUCAAAGUGGUGGAGGAGCUGAAGCCUCUGAGGCGUGUGCACGUCCACACCCUCCUGGAGGUGCAGAAGCUUAAGAGGAACACCAGGUUGGUGAGCACGCCCACUGAGCACGACUCUUCUGCAGAGGACUGAUUUUUUUUUUCCGCCUGUCAGUGAAGGCAUACAAACACCAUGCAGCUUGUUUGCAGGCUAUUUUAACACUUCAACCAUGGGAAACGUGUCACAUGACUGCCACCAGGACCUUUUCUGAACAUUUUGCCCCCAGCAUCAAUACAUACACCCCCCCCACACACACUCUCUCCCUCUUCAGGCCAAACAUAACAUUGUAAGCCAGAGUCAUGGAAACAGGCUCAUUCAUCAUUCAAAGUUAAACAUUUGUCUUGUUGGACACCGCAAGGGCUUUUGAGAGCAUGUGAAGGCACCGGGAAAAAACAUGUAUAAAAAGAUAUUUAAUUAACUAUGUACAUAAUUACAUUUUAAAAACACAGAUAAAAGCAGGCAAUUGAACCCCUUCAACUGGAGCGUCCCUUUUGUAAAGAUACAUCACAUGAUGAAAACCACCUAAGAGGUAUUGGAAUCUUCAGCAUGGCUUGGGUGAGGCAAUGAGAUGGUGGGAAUCCAUAAGACGUUCUGCUUUAUAGUGAUGCUUAUGGCCAGGGUGAACGCGGGAUGAAGAACAGUCUCACUCGGACGGGGAGGAAGAGAGGGAGACUUUUUUGCUCGGAAUGCAGGUGCAUGGUCACACAUUCCAAGAAGAGGCUCUCUUGACGGGACACAGCGUUCCCAGUGUUCCAUGAUAAACAAAGCAGCAAGUCACGGCUGGGCGGACCUCCAAGCAGAGCCAGCAUUGGUGUAAAAAAAAAAAAAAAAGUUACUCCUCCGUGGAAAGGUUAAGGAAUGAUUAAUUGAAAAGAAUCAUUUUGGGGGAAAAAAGUGCUGACAAAUGUGAGACAAAAAAAAGCCUAAAAAAAUAAAUUAAGGCUUUGUCAUCGUUUUGGGACUUUUGGUCUUCAAGCUUCAUGCCAACCUUUUCAUCAACCCCUCAAAAAGCCAGCAGCCAAUCAGGGGAGAAGAAAGAGCACCAGUCCUCAGUCCAGACAUUCCCAGUGGAUCCACAGUCAGAGCUCGGCGGGGAGGCUCAGCUCCAGCUGUCCGAGGCGGACCCCCUCCUGGUGAUGCUUCUGAGGGGGCUGCGAGACACAGAGCCUCUUUGCUUCCAGUGAACUUUAAAAAAAAAAAAAAAAAAGAAGACGACACAGGCGGUUAAGUCAUGUUUAGUGAAUCAACAAAGUCAAUGGACGCCAGUGAGGAAGCUUCU